AGCACCCAGAUCCUCCUGUACUAAAAGCCUUUUUACAAAAGCAUAAGUUGCUCCAAGCCAAUGUAGCCAUCUGUUAGGAAUCACAAAAAAGUUUUCUAGAAAGCCUUAGGCAGAAGAUACUCAAGACCUUAAUUUUGCUUAAGAAAACUUAAGAGAUAGCAGAGUUGCACACAGUCUGUCAGGUGAAUUAUGGGGAUUCGUGUUCUCUUCAGCAUCAGGCAUGGGACUAGCUGGUGCUGAGGGUAGAGCACUAGAUGAACUGAAAAGCUGCCAUGGAAGCCUGACAAAUAGAAAAAUACAACAAAGUGAAGAGAAAAUUCACUUCAUGAGAACUGAGCUCUGCUUUCAUUUGCUUUUUAAUUUAUUUAUAUUAGUAGCUGAUUAGUGUCAGAUCAUCUCUGUAGUCUGCUGUGGUGAAAUUACUAGGUUAAGCCUGGAAAAAAUGAAACAGUUAAAAAGAAAAAGAAAAAGCAAUUUUAGUGUUCAGGAAACUCAGACUCUCCUUAAGGAAAUCAGAAAAAGGAGAGAAGUACUAUUUUCGAAGCAACUUAAUACAACAAUUAAUGAGAUGAAACGGAAAGCUUGGGAGGAAAUAGCAGAGUGUGUCAAUGCUGUAGGUGAAGGAGAGCAGAGAACAGGGACAGAAGUGAAAAGGCGAUACCUUGACUGGAGAGCACUCAUGAAGAGAAAACGUCUGAAUGCAAACAUCAAAGUAGUAGGUGCUGGGUUUCACCUUCCUUCAUCCAAUUUAGAUGACUCUCUCAAUGAAGACAUGGAUGAGAAAAUGGGAUUUGCAAUUGAAUCUAGUUUUGAGUGGCAAAAUAUCACUGACUUCAGAGAAGCUGGUGGAUCUUUAACAGAAAUCAAAGUAGAAGAGGAAGAGGAAGAUCCGCAGAAUUUUGAAUUUCCUAUUGAGGAAGAAGAAGAAAUAUUGUCAUCAGUUCUGCCAGAUUCAAAAAAGGAAAAUGACCUACCAGACUUCCCCCACAUUGAAGAAUUUGGAAAUCUGAACUCUGCUCAAGCUAGGCUAGCCUAUGAAGAUUCUCACUUGCUUAUAAAUCUGGAGAAGCAAAAGGUGGAGCUGGAGAAACAGCGACUGGACAUCGAAGCCGAAAGGUUGCAAGUGGAGAAGGAGCGCCUGCAGAUUGAGAAGGAGCGGUUGCGGCACGUUGACUUGGAGCGUGAGCGGCUUCAGAUUGAGAAGGAGCGACUUCAAAUAGAGUGGGAGAAACUCAGGCUAGAGACUCUGCAUGCUGAAAAACCUGCCCUGGAAAAUGACCUCACCCAAACUGAAAAACCAAUCAUGCAGCCUCUGGAUCUAGAAACUGAAAAGUUAAAACUUGAAAAAGAACGUUUGCAGUUAGAGAAAGAGAGGCUGCAGUUCCUAAAGUUUGAGUCAGAAAAGCUGCAGAUUGAGAAGGAGCGCUUGCAAGUAGAGAAGGAGCGCCUUCGAAUUCAGAGAGAGGGUCACUUGCAGUGAACAGCUCAGCUAAAGUGUCGAUGUUAGUGUUUUGAUGUUUCUAAAUUAGAAGUAGUUCUUUCCUUGAUACUGAAAGUGUCCUAGAGGCUUAACAUUCUUCUGUUCAGAGUUGAAUGUUGAUGUUAAACUGAAAAAAAAAAUGGUGCUCAAUAUGUCAGUGUGCCUACACUAUAAAUGAUCUUAUGUGUGAAAUUGCUUUUCAGUGUAUCAGAACUUAAGUGUUAUGUUCUCUUGUCUUCAGUAUUGUGCUGUAUUAGUUCAGUAUCCUCCUCUCAUAGAGGCCUCGAGAAGAAUCCAGGCUGAACCUUGUACUUUUUGUCACUGUACUAGCAGGAAGGAAGGAUCAGAAUAAAUCAGCAUUAGCUGUGAGGACAUGGUGCUAAUGAUAGCCUAUAUGGUAAAGAAGUAUAAUUUUGGCAGAACACAGGAAUACAGAGUCAUUAUGAGACCAAUUCAUUAAAUUUUAUCCCCCUCCUGCUUUUUUUUCUCCACCCCCACAACUGGGAAAAACAAUUGAAGAGUUAUCUAGAAGUUAAAGUACAAGUUAAAUUCCUUGCAGUUGUGUUUACUGUUGUUCCAUGGCUUGGACUGAAUGUGAGUGCAGAAAAUAGGUUUGAGUUUUUAUGGUGGGGUUUUUUUUGGAUAAAGCAUUCAUAUUAGACAAAGUUACACAUCAGCCAUGCAUACUAUAAGCUGGCCUGUUGGUUUCACCAGGCAGUUAAUAAUGCUUUAUGGAGUAGAGCACCUGUGUUAGCAUAGCACAGGGAUUUACUGAUUGAUCAGGCAUGCUGUCUAAAGAGUCUGUGAUGAGCCCCUUAAGGAAAUUGCUAGACCUUGUUUGUUCUUGGAAGGCAGCAGCUGGUGAUAAGAAUCUCAGAAAUGGAGACUGAGCACAUCCUGAGAACCUCUGAGCUUGAACACUUCUGCACUCAUUGCUGGUUCUGCCUGGCCAGUGCCAAAGUCAUGUCUGCAAGGCAGCCAGAAGAGGCUUCUGUAGCUCUCUACGUAAUAUAUUUUAAUUACACAAACAGAAAUGGUCAGUGCUGAAGGCUGUUAGUAUUUUUCAUAAGCAGUGUAGUCAUAUUAAAAAAAAAACAAAAACCAAAACAAACAAAAAUAAAACAACACCAAAACAACCAGCCAAGGAAGGAAGCUUUCUAUUAUUUCAUGUAUGUUUAAAUCCCAACUGAGCCAGACUUCACCUUUCUCAUCUUUCCGCAAGUAACUGUCUUGUUAACUCCAUUGGAAAUGUAGAACUGUGGGAAUACUAAGUCUAAACAUAUGUUGAGUGACUUAGGUGAAUUUGUGUGCAAGUAAAUAAUAUUUAUACCACACUACAGGUUUACUUUUAUUCUGCAAAGAUUAUUUUUUUAUUACUGAAACAAGUGUGCUUCUACAGUGGAAAUAAAUUUGACUACUACACU